AAAUAUCACUUCCAUAAUAUUGUACAAACUAGACUUGUGUUUAUAGAUUUUCGUAUUUGUCCAUUAGGUAAUUCGAAAGCUAGGUCGCUAACGUUAGCUACAGUACAUUAGCUAGCUAGUUGGGAGUUGCUGCUGUCACAUUUGGGUGGGUAUUCAUUAGUCGUAUUCCGUUGCAAAACGUCUUUGCAAACGGAACCGUUUACUCCAAACGUGGAACGUUUGCAACGAAAACGAGAGUUUCUAUGGGACAUUUUCAGUAAAGACUGUCCUCGUCUCGUUCUGUUUGAUUCCUAGAGUAAACCAACGGAAUCCGACUAAUCCCCCCCCCCCCCCAUAAUUUAGUUUAGGUUACAGACUAGCUCCUUAGUAAUAUUCACGUCUAUUUAGUUGAGUUGGUAGCUAUCUAGUAACAUUAUACGAACAAUGUAGUAUGGAAGAGGUUUACAAUACGUCUUCUAGCAAUAUGCCCACCCGUCUAGCCUACAUAGUGAGAAGCUAGCUAAGCUUAGCCAAGCAGUUGUGCUAGCUGCUAGGCCAUCAGUGUACACGUCAAGGCAAGACCGUCAUUGAUUGUUGUCAUCAAGCCACAGCCAACAAACAUCCAGCUUUUACCAUCCAAGCCACAGAAUGACUCAUUGGUUCCACCGAAACCCAUUGAAAGCAACUGCACCUGUUUCCUUCAACUUCUAUGGAGUUGCUGGUAGCCCAUCAGCAAAUAAGAUAUGCAAUGACUUGAGGACAUCGAGGGCUAGACUCUUGGAGAUGUUCACAGAUACCACCUGCGAUCCCGAGAUCAUGAAAAAUGCCACAGAUACUUAUUUCUCACUCUUACAAGGAUUCAUUGCAUCUCUGGAUGGCACCAAACAAGAGAACAAGCUUCGGUUCAUGCAGAACUUCAAGUGGACUGACACUUUGCAAGGAAACACCCCAAGUGCCCAACAAGAUGCUGUUUUUGAACUGGUCUCCAUGGCCUUCAAUGUUGCAAUUUGGCACGCCAAGUUUGCCUCAAGACUUGCAGGAAAGGAAAAUAUAACUGAGGUAGAAGCAAAAGAUGUCCACAGGAGCCUGAAAUUUGCUGCUGGGAUUUUCAAGCACCUCAAGGAGGUCCACAUCCCCCGCCUCAUCACCCCAGCGGAGAAGGGCCGGGACCUAGACCCCAGAGUCAUGGACACCUACAUGGUCCAGUGCAAAGCAGAGGCACAGGAAGUGACGAUUGCCAGAGCGAUUGAACUCAAGCAUAACGCCACUCUCAUUGCAGCCUUGGCCUUCGAGACCGCAAACUUCUACCAGAAAGCUGACCACACACUGAACACCCUGGAACCAGAGUGCAGCAGUAAGUGGAGGAAUUACCUCCAGCUGAAACAGCACUUCUACAUGGCCUAUGCAUAUUGCUACCAUGGACAAACUCUCCUCGCGAGCGACAAGUGUGGCGAGUCAAUAAAAUCUCUCCAAGAAGCAGAAAAGUGCUACUCCAGAGCCGAGGCUCUGUGCAAAGAGUACCGUCAGACCAAAGGGCCGGGUAGCACAGCCAAGCCCUCUGAGCAGCUCUUCUUCACCACGCUGGGUGGCCUGAUCAAAAAUACAUUGCAAAAGUGCGAGAGAGAAAAUGGAUUCAUAUACUUUCACAAGGUCCCAGCCGAGGUGCCCCAGCUAGAGCUGAAGGCUAGCUAUGGCCUGGCUGAGCCAAUAUCCUUUGAGUUCCCAGCCGUCAGCGAGCAGUGCACCCCUGAAGUCUACACCACUUUUGACCUCACCAAGGGGGCCAAAGCUGAGAAGGCCAAACCCAAGCAGGAAGAAGAGGUUAAGCCAAUGAAGGAACCAGAUUUGAAGCCUCAGAAAGAUACAGGCUGCGUCAUAUCAUAAACUGGGGGAGGGGGGGGGGGGGGGGGGGGGGUGACAAGAAAAACAUGACUGCAUGGAUUUAUUGAUGCAUUGGUUUGUUUUAUCUGUAGUGUUUUAUGAUCAGUGAUUUACAGUAGCAUGACCAUCUGUUGUAGUUCAUUUUAUACAUAGUUGUUUUCUAUUUUUUUUAUGUUCAUGAUCAAAUAUUAUUGGGUCAGACUUUAUAUGUUCUCACUAGUCCUGUUGGGGAUUUUGGAUAUUUAUUUUUUGCUGUCCUUUAAGAAACGGACAAUUAAUAUAGUAAGAACUUAUAACACUCCACGAUGAUUAUCCAAUCAUUUGUAUGUUUUCAAUUUUAUUUUUCAAUCGCUGAGAUUCUCUAAUUGAAUUACAGUUUUUUUGCAACUGAAAGGACACUGUACACACAGGAUCACAUUAUUCAUACCCAAGGCUAGUCAUUGCUGGGUAUGGCCUGUAUUUAUGAUAAUAACCAUUGUUUAAUAUUCCCUUCUUUAUUGGAGACUUGAGGCGGUGCAUGUAUUGGGUCAAAAUAACCUGAACAAGGCUGGCUGUUCAGUAGGAACAUGGAACAUCAUCUUGGAAGUUCUCAGGAAAGCUCGAUGUUCUAAAUAUAAUGACGACUCUACAUGAGAGAGGAGCAGGCCUGUUUUACACGAAACCUUUGAACGUUCCAUAACAUUGUGCCAUAUGGAAGGUGAUGUAGGUCUUCCUGACGCUCAGAAAUGUGUUUUAAAAAAAACUCUGACUAGUGGCCAUGGUUGCUGGUCUAAAGGAUCAACUUCCGGUGAAACUGGAGGGCGCGCAAUUCAAAAUAUUUUUCCACCGGCACAGGUUUCAUAUGUUCACAUAUAACGAUUAAAUAUUAUCUUACUUUUUGAAAAUCAUCCUCUGAUUUGUCAUCUAAAGGGUCCCAGCUAUAACAUGUAGUGUCGUUUUGGUAAAUGAUAUCCUUCUUUAUAUCCCAAAAAGUCAGUUUAGUUGGCGCCAUCGAUUUGAGUAAUCCACUCGUUCAACUUGCAGAGAAAAGAAUCUGAAAAUCUACCCCUAAACUUUGUUUCAACGAGUCAAAAUGCGUUUCUAUUUACUCCUCAGUAAUCAAACUAUAAUAUUUAUUUCGGAAAGAAGUGUUCAAUAGGAAACCGGUUUUAGCAGGUGUGUAAUGUCUUCAUGGUGCGCCCAAACUCAAAUUUCCAAGACGUGUCCUUCUAAAACUGAUAUUUCUCAUUUGUUUUUAGUUACAAGCCUGAAACCUUGAACUUAAACUGCUGACACCCUGUGGAAGCCAUAGGAAUUGCAUCCAGGGAGCUAAUAUUCAAUAUGACCUUUCUCUUGCAUUUCUAAGAAGAUGGUCUCUCUCAAAAAAAAAAUCAGUUUGGUUUUUCUUUGGAUUUUCUCCUACCAUAUCUUUUGUUAUAUUCUGUAAAUUAAUCAAAUGAAUUACAAAUGUUUGUUUUAUCUGUAAAUGACAAUGAUAUACAUAUUACUGUAGUUUUUAGAGUACUGAUUUGCUGUAGUUGCCUAAGAGUUGUUUUUGAAAAUAUGUUAAUGACAGCUAGCAUCUACUGAGGAGGUACAAUAGGGGAAAACGUAACCUCCAGUAUGGUAUAGUAACUUGCCAAUCAAUUAAGAAAAUUGUGAAAUCUUUCUGUUCAACCUCAAAGCACAUUAUAAUGCCUUUGCACUUUAAAUCUUAAUAGUCACACAGAAAUUACUUUUUAUUAUUGGAACAAUUCAUUUUCACAUUUAAGGACCAAUUAGAUUUAUUUUUAAUUAACACAUUUAUGAAAACAGUUUGCUGUAUCAUAACAAUGUUUACACAAGUCAACCUGAAGGUCAUUACUCUUCAUCUAAUGGUGCCCUUCAUGGAAAAUGUUUAAAAUAAAAUGUCAAGAAACCUUGGGUUACUA